UUGAUUGUUUGUGUUAACGAGGCAGACUUUUAAAACCAAUUUUAAAGUUCCCUAAUUCAUAUUGAAUGGUAUAUAACCACCAAGAUUACACCCUGACAAAAGUAUUAGACACUUACGAUUAUCUCUCUUCGUUUUACAAGUGAAGCUGUAAGCGAAUGGCUUCUCAAAGUGUAUGCUGGUUAAGUUAGCUAGCAUUACUAUCUAUAACGUUAGCUCUAUCAGAUGGCUAGUUUUAACCACAUUUUGUCUGUUAGUACAACUAAGUCUAAACAAUUGCAUGUAUUUGUAUGCCAAUGAUACUGUUAGAUCUUUCAUGUGUACUAUCUUACCUUCUUGACAGCUAUUUAUAAAAGCUAUGUAACAAGCUAACUAACGUAUGUCCGGCUAGCUAACGUAACGUGCCCACGUCUCGUCCUGAUGAAACAUAGCUAGUUGUUGGCCAGUUUGACGUUACUUGGCUAACGUUAGCUAGUAAUGAGCUAACCGACUAGCUCCAUGUCAACAUGAAUACGAGAACGUUAGUUACGUGACAAUCCAAAUUAGCUAGCUAAUGUAGGUGACGUUAACUGCAUGACUAACGGUAGUCGUGACUAGUUAGGUCAAUGGCUAAAUGAUUGCUAGCUAGCUACUAUAGCCGUCUGAUAAUGCCGCGGACGGCUUGCUGUGAUGCUACCCAGCUACAUAGGCAAGCUGUUACAAGUACAGAAUGGGACUCCAUCAAACACAGCCUACAGUGGGGUAGAUGCUGUUCAUGCCUGUAACAUCCUCCAGCAGCUCAAAGUCUUGUAUGAUGAAGCACAGCUCACAGAUAUUGUCGUUGAAGUGGACCAUGGCAAGACAUUUCCGUGUCACCGAAAUGUCCUUGCAGCAAUCAGCCCUUACUUUAGGUCCAUGUUCACCAGUGGCCUUACAGAAAGCAGCCAGAGGGAGGUGCGGAUCGUCGGGGUGGAGUCUGAGUCCAUGCACCUGGUCCUUGACUAUGCCUACACGUCCAGAGUCACGCUGUCGGAGUCCAACGUCCAGGCCCUGUUCACGGCAGCCAGCAUCUUCCAGAUCCCAGCCCUGCAGGACCAGUGUGCCCAGUUCAUGAUCAGCCGCUUGGACCCCCAGAACUGCACCGGGGUCUACAUGUUUGCCGACGCCUACGGCCAUCAGGAGCUGAGGGAGCGCUCCAAGGACUACAUGCGAAAGAAGUUCCUGUGUGUGGCGCGGGAGCAGGAGUUCCUCCAGCUCACCAAAGAGCAGCUGGUGAGCAUCCUGAACAACGAUGACCUGAAUGUGGAGAAGGAGGAGCACGUGUAUGAGAGCAUUGUGCGCUGGCUGGAGCACGACCGCUCCCGCAGGGAGGCCCACCUGGCUGAAGUGUUCUCUCAAUGCAUCCGCCUGCCCCUCCUGGACGACUCCUUCCUCAGCCGCAUCCCACCCACCUUUGCCUGCGCCCUCUCCAGAGACCCUGCCACGGCACGUCUCAACGGCACCAACGGCUGCCCCCAGCGCUUGGGCAUGACCGCCUCUGAGAUGGUCAUCUGUUUUGACGCGGAACACAAACACUCAGGGAAGAAGCAGACCGUGCCUUGCCUGGAUACCACUGCUGGGAAGGUGUUCAAGCUCUGCAAGCCCCCCAAUGACCUGCGGGAGGUGGGCAUCCUGGUAUCAUCGGAGAACGACAUCUUCAUCGCCGGGGGCUACCGCCCUAGCAACAGUGAGGUGUCCAUUGACCACCGGGCGGAGAGUGACUUCUGGCAGUACGAGCACGCAGGGAACCGUUGGCUUGUGCGUUCGCCCAUGCUGCGGGCCCGGAUCGGCUGCAGGCUGGUCCACUGCUGCGGGAAGCUUUACGCCCUGGGGGGCCGUGUGUACGAGGGGGACGGGAGGAACGCACUGAAGUCAGUGGAGUGCUACGACGCCAGAGACAACUACUGGACUGCCGUCAGCCCCAUGCCUGUAGCCAUGGAGUUCCACAGCGCUGUGGAGUACAGAGACCGCAUCUACAUCCUCCAAGGUGAAUACUUCUUCUGUUUCGACCCUCGCAAGGACUACUGGGGCCACCUGGCCCCCAUGAGUGUCCCCCGGAGCCAGGGCCUGGCUGCCUUACACAAUAACUGCAUCUACUACAUCGCUGGCAUCUGCAGGAACCACCAGCGCACCUUCACCAUGGAGGUCUAUGACAUCGAGCAGAACACCUGGGCCCGCAAGAGGGACCUUCCUUUCGACCAGGCCACCAGCCCCUACAUCAAGGCCCUGCUCCUCCAGGGCAAGCUGCACCUGUUUGUCCGAGCCACGCAGGUCAUGGUGGAGGAACACGUGUUCCGUACCAGCAGGAAGAACUCCCUCUACCAGUACGACGACGAGGCGGACACAUGGACCAAAGUCUACGAGACGCCCGACCGCCUCUGGGACCUUGGCCGCCAUUUUGAGUGUGUGGUGGCCAAACUGUACCCACAGUGUCUUCAGAAAGUGCUCUGAGCGGUCCAUAGGGGACAGGCUCCCUCCUCCAGGAAGAGGGAGUGUGUGUGGUCCUGCAUGCCUUGUGCCUGGUACUGUCCUGUGUUUGCACCACAAGGACUGUCGAGUUUAGUCUUAAAGCGUUAAUGGUUCAACACGAUCAAAUUGGGGUGGUUUUAAAAGAUUGCAGUAUUUUUUUUUUCCUCUCCAGUCGGAACCAAAUACCCACACUGAUACUUGUUUUACAGUAUAGUACAAUGAAUCAUAAGUGCAAUUAUCUUGUUUGCUUUUGUUGAGCCAUUUUGUUCCAUUUUAUUGUGUGGACCCCAGGUAGAGUUGCUGCGGCUUUCGCAAAACAGCUAAUUGGGAUCCUAAUAAAAUACCAAUCUUAAAAGGAUAUAUAGGUUAGAAUUUUUACAAUUGAUAUGCAUGCAGUUGAGGGAUCAAUAUGAAGUGCCCUCUAAUUAUUGUCAUGCUACAUGUCAGCAUAAAGUGAGAAUUAGAAAUAAUUUUAGUCUAUAUUCAUACGGGUAAGAUGAGCGGUGAUGCUCAUUGGUAGGUUGUUAGCUCAGAUUGAUGGGGUUUUGUCUGACUGCUCAUUGCGCCCUACAGCAAGCUCGUCUUUGUGGGAGUGUUUAUUAGUUGUGUGUGUGUGCGCUAGUGAUUUAGGUUUAUUUCCAUGUGUGGUAGGAGGCAGGUAUGUUAUUUUUUGAAAUGCAUACUUUGCUUUCAAGAGAAGGCCUUAGCUGUGUCAACCAAUGUGCUGUUUGGCUUUGUUGCAGUAGGAUUUAUACUUUUUGCAUUCGUAGAUUAGCUUCACACUCGCAGCUGACAUCCAUAUUGUUGUAACAAGUGUCACAUGCCAAGACGACUCAAGAGAAGUUAGACUAUUCACUCUCCACAUUGGAGAAACAAGCAUGGCGUCAGAUGUGUGUGUCUGGCAUAAAGUGAGACAUUUUGAACCAGGCAACCGUUUGCUUUGAUAGCAACUCAGCAGUCAGAUAAGGAGCGAAGGGACGUGGUUCAGGCAGAUGCAUUGAUUUGUCCAAACUGUGGGCAGCUUGCUGCAGCAUAGUGUUUUCUGUGGAUAUACAAUGUUUUUUUCAGCAUGUCUGAUUUUGAUUAGAAGCUUUAGAAAAGUGUUUGGAAUAACCUACCUCUUAAAUGCCAAACUGCAUUUCAGAACUUGGUUCAUCUGAAAAGUUGAUAAAGUUUCUAGUAGCAAUAACUAAGGAAAUGUUGAUACAAUUAGGUUUACCCUUGUGGAAGUGCAUUAACAGUUUUCAAGCUUAAUUUGGGUACUUACCUUUAGGAGAAACAGAUCAAUAUUGGCUGUGUGGCUGGCUGAUGUACAGUAGUAGUUUGAGGAGUAAAAUAGAGAUGGUUUGUGUAACUUAGCGCAGAUCCCAAGGGCUGUCAUUGUGCCUGUGGGUGCAUCGGAUAGUAAUCCUGUGUUUAGCCUGGCGAGGCAGUGUCUCAAGUCUUACUCAUCAUUGCACUGAAUCACUCUCCAAUAGUCAGUCACUGCAAACUUUACCAAGCACCCUCAUGGACAGAGAACUAACACAGUGUUGGGCCCAACUUAAUUGCCAACAUCUUUUACACAUGAAUCCAUCUGUACAUGCUAUCACAUGGAGAAAAACAAGAGAACUUGGUCCUGCUUUUUUGACAGUCUUUUAUGUAAUAGUUGGGGUGUAAACAGCCAUUGAGUGAUGGAACCCUAUGGAACUGCAACAUUUUCAAUGACGUCAAUAAUUUCCUCAUGCAGGUUCCUGUGUCAUCUUUGCACUACAUAUGAUUUAUUUUCUCAUAUUUAAAGCUUUUCCCUAAAAUCAAUCAACAACAAAGCAAUCGGGAUAUACAGUUCUGUCUGCAAAGAAUUUGAAAUGGAGAAUAAAAUGAAAACCCACAUUCUAGGUGUGGCGGUGACAUGAUCAACUUUUGUAAAGAAAAGGACUGCAGAUCAUUUGGUGCUUGUUUGAUCUGGUCAGCAAUGCCCUCCUGAAGCCCUCACAGGUGAAAGGGGGUUUGCCCGAAUGCCUAAACUCAGUCACUUGGGAACCAGGAAUGGACAACUCUCAGGAUUUCUAUUGAUACAGAGUACUGUAUUUAAAUGUCUUGUGUAAUAUACUGAACUAUACGUUUGCUGUACUUGCACAGUUUUUACAAACAUUUUUUCCCUUUUGUAACUUAAAAUAGAUGUGAUUUAUUUUCAAUGGCUGUAUUUCUAUUUUCUAUAUUUAGUUAUGGUAGAGUGAUUAUGUUCUGUAUCCCACACAUGGAUAUCGGCACACUAUUUGAUUUUUCUUGUUUUAGUUUCUCAAAGUUUUUCUCUACCAUAACUUCUCAAUAAGCAUUACAGAUAUGUAACUUCAAUGUUAUGUUAAAAUCUCCAACACGCCAGUCUACAACACGAUGCAAAGCUUACAAUGAAUCAGCCAAUUGAUGUGCUUUCUGUGCAACAGCCGUAGUUGGCCUUGUGCAGCCAUAUCGAAGCUCAUUGAAGACCUGUAUGUAAGCAUUGUCCACAGAUGGCAACUAGCAGUGGACUUCCUGUAUUUCUUUUCUUUUUGUUUGAUGGUUUGUCUAUGUAGGGUUUGGGGAAUAGUGGUGGUUGAGCUCAACUGUGAAAUUCACAUUGCACAUAUUUUCAGAAUAAAAUGUGAAACCCUA